AUGGAAGGCCGAGGUUUGACUCUACGGAGUAAAUCCCGACGUCAACGUCCUCAAAUCAGUGCCCCUAAACCUAUAUCUGGACCUCUUCCCCCGAAUACCAAAGCCCCCGACGCUGGCCAAGGCGCACUCGAUGUGGGCAAGGCUAAGGCUAAGGACAAGGAUCGAGCUCCCCAAAGCGAUGCUACAUCCGAUUUGGUAAAAAGAAGAUACUCCACCAGAUUUAAUAACCCGGGAGAUGUCGAUACCAGUGCUCCUCCAGUUCCUGCAAUCCCCCCGCCAAUCUCCGGAGGUGGAUUUGGUGGGCUGCCUUCAACAACCCCCGCUCAGCGACAACCGUCUCCGGCAAAUGGAGCACCAUCAUCCUCGCCCAAAGUUGAUUUAAAUGUUCUUAGAGAUCCCAGUUUGCCAGUGGAGCGAUACGUGGCCAAUCUCCUCGCAAAUGCAUCGGAAGAGGAGAUACAAAACUAUCAGCAAAGUCUACGAAAAGUUAAGAACCGAACCUCGACCGACCUCCAGCAAAACGUGUAUCAAAAUCGGACACAGUUCAUCAAAAUCAGUAAAGAGGCCGAGAAGCUUAAAGAUGAAAUGCGGACACUGCGGACUCUCAUGGCAGAGCUUACCAAUGCGCUUGGACAAACCACCGUGGGCAACACGCCUAACCCCAUGUCGCCCGUGGAUGACCAAUUCCCUAAGAGAAACUCCAAUCGCAGCUCUGUCGCCAACCUGGAAAGCAUGUGGAGCGUCCAGUUGCAAACACUAUGGAAGACUGUCGAGGGAUCUCAGAAGUUCCUCCCAGCCGUGCCAGGGCGACAUAUUGUGUUAGAAACGGGCCACUGGGCUGAGCUGGACUCGGCCACUUGGAAGCCGAAACGCCCAGUUCACAUUGUCUUGUUAAACGACCACCUACUCGUGGCCGCGAAGAAACGCAAACGAGUCGACCCAAACCAUCCCGCUCACCGUGGUCCCGUUCCCACCAAACUUGUCGCAGAAGAGUGCUGGCCGCUCCAAGACAUUGAUAUGAUUGACUUGGCUGCCAAUUUAGGAACGGGCGCGGCGCGAGAAGAGGCACUGGAUCGUGGGAUUGCCAAUGCCAUCAGCAUUCGAGUAGGGACCAAACCGUUUACCUAUCGUCAGGAUAAGCGCGAUACCUCCACAAAGAAUGAACUCCUCGCUACAUUCCGCAAAACAGUAGAAGAUCUUCGGCGAAACCUUCGCUCUGAAACCGAAGCUGCAAGUAAACCCCUCGAGGCAUAUGGAUACCUGACUGGACGACACAUUUCUCACUCUCAAAGUAAUGAUCAGUUUGAGCUCACGGAUGGUCCGCGCGACAAAUCCGAGGUACGCAUUGAUGUGGAUGGAAAGCAACAGAAUCUUCGCUGGGUAGAGGGACAAGUGGACGAGCUCGAUAUUGAUAUCGCACUGCAACGAUUUGAAGCCGCCGUGGCUAGUAUCGAGCGACUACGAAAACUUGCAAAGGGUCUUAAAGGAAACACAAUUGCCCAAGAUGUGAUCAAUUCAAAGAUCGAUGGACGAGCAACACGGCUUGCGGGCAUCCUGUCCCGCGCACUGGUUGACACGCAUUCUUUCCCGACAGCUACCAAGACCAAUGUCACAUGGCUAAGUCGUCUGGGAUUCGAGGAUCAGGCUCGCGAAACAUACCUUAGAGCGCGCACAGACGUUAUUGCUAAACGUAUCCGGGCUUGUGUAUUUGAAGGCGACCUUCCUCUAUACAUUUUCCAGAUCUCGUUUGUAUAUUUCAGUCUUAUCAAAAACACAGUUGGUAUAUUCCAACAGUGCUUCUCGCCAUUAAUGUCUAGCUCCUCUAUCCGCUGGGCCAAGCAUCAUCUGGAUGGAUUCAACGCUCUGCUGAGCCGACAGCUCAGCAGUGUUCAGCGAGGAACAUCCGUCUGGGAUAAAUGCCUGGAUAUCGUGCAUGAGCAUGCGUCACAAUUAAACAGUGUGGGCAUUGACUUUACGGAUCUAGUGGCACAGGGAUUAGAAGAUCCCAGCGAGUCGGUCGGUCCAAGAGCUAUUCAGCCCGGUGAGCUUGCUGCACCGUCUACAUUGGCUUCUAUUGAAAGCUUUUCGUCAUAG